UGGAAAUGGGAGAUGCUGGCUUUAUUCAUUAGCAUCCUAUGCAUGGCUGCUAUUAUAGGCAUCUUGGCAGCGAUGAAAGAUCAACGGACAACCUCUUGGCGAGUUGGAUCUAUCACCAUCAACGCAGCCAUAACCAUCCUUUCGACAUUAUCCAGCAUGACACUUGGAUUUGCAGUUCCUGCCUGUUUUGAUCAAGAGAAGUGGCGAUACUUGAAACAAACCAAGAGGCAUCGACUUCAGCACUUUACUCUACUAGAUCGGGGCUCUGGCGGACCAGUUGGUGCUAUCAGAGUUAUAUGGUCAAUCAGAUGGGGUCUAACAGCAUUAGCAUCCGUCAUAAUUAUUCUGGACGUUUUUACCGGCUUCUUGAUCCAACAAUCGGUCAAAAUCGGAUCCGCUUCCGAAUAUAUCAGCAACAACAAUUCGCCCGCGUUUUAUACUUAUACUGAAAGCCUUGGUAAAACUGUUCACGUUAUAACUGAAAAUGCGCAGUCGACCCUGGGGUUUUCAAUGCAAGCCUCCAUCUUUCGAGGGCUCUCAGAAACGAAUUGGUCGAAAUCGUACACCUGUGGUUCUAAUUGCACUUGGCCUGCCAGCCAGAUAGUCUUGGGAUUCGACAGUGUUUGCAGCAAUGUGACAGCCCAAACAGCCAACAUUUCACAGAUAGCAAAUUGGAAUCGCGUCGCUUUUGGGGCGGUAAACCUAACAACUCCUGGCGGUAUUGUAUUCCCAUAUACGUGGAUGGUUGGAGCGGCCGACGGCAGUGUCACCGCAGCGUCCCUAAGGACCAUGACAUUGGGGGCUGAAGCCACGGCUGCAAACGGCUCCUUCAUGCACGUUGCUUUUCUCAGUGAUUCAUAUUUUGGGCGAUAUUACACGGACCAUAUUUCCGUCACUGAGCCCGCUAUGCCGGACAUUAUUGAGUGUACCUUCAGCCUGGUUGCUUGGAACUAUUCGCUCGUCACUUCGGAUGAGAAAAAUCUCAGCAUUGGAUCCCGAGUAUUGAUCCCACUUAGCGAUGGUGUUUACCAGGGCCAAUCGGUCAGUAAUGAUCUCAAUGGGACGGCCGCACACAUCAACUACACUGCCAAGGGCCAUGACUUUUUUGUUAGCAUGGAUGAAGUUGAACCUCUGCAGGUUUUCUUCGCCUCCCCAGCUUUCGAGGGUAGUGUUGAUUACGGUGUCGGUAAUCCCACUGACCAUUAUGCCGGGGUUGGCGUAAUACCAGCAUUUAUGAACGCAAGUUUCAUUGAUGUGAUGGACCGAGUCGCGAGAAGUAUGACCGACAGCCUUCAGCAGAGCGCGGCGCAACGCGCGUACGGCCUCAUGCAGGUUGAUUUCAGCUACUUUCGCGUAUACUGGGCGUGGGUUUCUCUGCCCGUUGCGUUACAAUUCUUAGCGAUAAUGCUUCUCGUAUGUACCAUUAUCCGUAAUGAGGAAGCCGGUGAGGAGGGUCAAGUGCCCAUGUGGAAGUCGUCGAGAACAGUGCUUCUAUUUCACUACUUUAACGAGGAGAACGAUUUGCUAUGCGGUGUUCAGGACUUGAAGGAGCUUGAGGAUAUGGAGAAGACGAUGGAAACAAGGUUAGGCUACUGAUAUCUUCAAGACACACCAGGGAGAUUAUGAACUUUAUGUUAUGAGGUGCAACUGUGAAUACGUACAUUUUUCAUAGCUACCUUUGGUAUCUGAGC